CCUCACUGCGCAGAGAGAACUCCGCCACCGGACUCCGGGUCUCACUCAGGACCAGCGCGCUCCUUCUGCUCUCUCUCUCUCUGUCUCUCUGUCUCUCUCUCUUCGUGCCGAGUCACUCUGAGCUGCCUGAGCUACAGUAUGACAGCAGAUGUUCCGCUCAUUUAGUAGGAAUUAGGGACGUGUAGGCUGACCGUACAGACUUGUAACGCUUUUUUUAUUCUCAUCUUUAUCGCGGGAUAAACCAAACUCGGCCAUGACAUCGCGCGAGGACGCACCGGAGCAGAGCCGGCGUUUCUGCGUCUUGUCCUGGGAGCAGGUGCAGCGUCUCGACUCCAUCCUCGGGGAGAGUGUGCCCAUCCACGGCCGCGGAAAUUUCCCCACCCUGUCCAUAUCCCCACGCCAGAUCGUGCAGGUGGUCAGGGCCAGGCUGGAGGAUCGAGGUGUGGCAGUCCGCGAUGUCAAGCUUAACGGUUCAGCCGCGAGCUACGUGCUGUACAAGGACACAGGCUUAGGCUACAAGGAUCUAGAUCUGAUCUUCGGCUUAAGUUUGCGUGAUGACAGGACGUUUGAUGUGGUAAAGGAAGUGGUGCUGGCCAGCCUGCUGGACUUCCUGCCAGAUGGAGUGAACCGCGAGCGCCUCAGCGCCCUUGCCCUCAAGGAGGCAUAUGUACAGAAGCUGGUUAAGGUGCGUACUGAGACAGACUGCUGGAGUCUCAUCUCUCUUUCCAACAACACCGGCAAGAAUGUGGAGUUGAAGUUUGUCGACACGCUACGGCGCCAGUUUGAGUUCAGCGUCGACUCGUUUCAGAUCGGGAUCGACUCGCUGCUGCUGUUCGACCGCUGCUCGGAGGCACCCAUGUCCGAGAGCUUUCACCCAACCGUGCUGGGCGAGAGCAUGUACGGUGACUUCGAGGAAGCUCUGGAACACCUGCGCUCCAAGACUAUUGCCACACACAGUCCCGAGGAGAUCCGUGGCGGCGGUUUGCUGAAGUACUGCCACCUGCUGGUGCGUGGUUUCCGGCCUGCGUCGGAGGAGCACAUGAAAGCUCUACAGCGGUACAUGUGCUCGCGCUUUUUCAUCGACUUCCCUGAUGUGUGUGAGCAACGACGAAAGCUAGAGGCGUACCUUCAGAACCACUUUGCCGGCAUGGAACACAAACGCUACGAGUGCCUGGUGACCUUGCGGAACGUUGUCGACGAAAGCACCGUGUGCUUAAUGGGUCACGAGCGCCGACAGACCCUUGCGCUCAUCUCGGCGCUAGCGCUGCGCACACUAACCGAACAGAACGCCAUCCCUGCGCUCCCCAACGUCACCUGCUACUACCAACCAGCACCAUACGUGCACGACGGGAACUUUAGCAAUUACUACGUGGCUCAUGUGCACUCUCCUGCAAACACUUACCGGACAUGGCUUCCAUGCAGCUGAGUCACGACAAGAGGCAAGACGCCAUGCCGAGAUGCCAAAGAAGAUGGCUUUAAAAUGUGUUCCAGUUCUGAGCUGUUAUUAGGACUGUAUGUCUUUCCAGACUUCAUCAGAGAGGAAGGGAAAAAGGGAAAAUACUUGUGAUCCUAAUAUCUUUAUUUUUACGUGAUCAUUAGUGUACUGUCUUCUAUCGCCAGAAAAAUAAUAAACACUGCUGUAACUAGAAAACUCUUAACUCUUUUGAGCCAUUCUGAGUUGUUUAAGUUGAAAUUUUAUAAAAACACAUGCAAAAGCAUAAGCAAAGUGAGAGACAAAAAGAAUCUUAAAAAAAACUAAUAUUAAUAAAAAAAAUAAAAUAAAAAAAAUCUGACGCAGUUUUCUACCUUACUUUUUCUGAUGUAAUCCAUUUUAUGGAUAUACAACAAAUAUAUAUAUUUUUGUGUAUGUAUAUACAAAUAUACAAUAAAUGUUCAUAACUUAAGAAAAGAUAAAAAAAAAACCUCCUGAUCAUUCUAAAAAAAAUAAAUAAAAUAAUAAUAAUAAAAAAAUAAGUUAAAAAAGGCGACAAAAUUUACCAAGAGUCUGCAGAACGCUAGUGUUCAGGUCUGACUGUGGUGUUUGAUUUUUAUUUGAGCUUGUGACAACCAAAGAGUUUAUUUUUAAGCUCCCUGUAUUGAAUUGCUAUGUCUGUGAGUCAAAGUGCCUGAAACUGACUACAAAACACAAAGGUUUUAUCCUUUGAGAUAUUGUAGAGUGUAUUUUUACAUUUUUCAGGCUUUUUCUUAUUGAAUCUUGAAAUAAUAUUAAUAAUAAAUAAAAGACAGAAAAUAUA